AUGGCUACCCAUACAGUCAUCGAGAUCCCCAAAACAACGUCUGGUCCUGCCGAUCCCCGCGCACCCAGCAUCCUCACAACCCUACCGCCUGAGAUUCGCAACCGCAUCUACGAGUACCUGUUCAAAAGAGACGGACCUAUCGUUGUAGACGACGGUCAGGCGCACGUGGAACUUUUGGUCAGGGGUCAUGGCAUUCACUAUACGCACAGUGGCGUCGAGCAGCAAGUACGGGACGAAGAUUUGUGUGAUGUCUUCGCAGAUUGCACCGAUCUUCUACUAUCAUGCCGGCAAGUCUACCAUGAAGCCGUCGGUGUCCUCUACGGCGAGAACACUUUCUUCUUCUCUCAGUUCCUCGAACGUCAGAUGCACUUUACCUGCACAUGGCUGUCAAGAAUCGGAUCACACUAUCAGCUCUUGUCUCGCGUAAGCAUAGAAGCAAAAUCGUAUUCUCCAAGAGACACUCGGCAAUACGAACUGUUCCCGCUGUUGAAGCUUGUUUGGAGCCAUCCUCAGGCCAAAUGCAAAUUUACCUUCGUGCGUUCCGGAAGUUCGUUAUUCCAAGAACAAAGUAACAGCGCCGGACUCCACAAUCCAGUUACUGCCGCGUGUCUUAUGAACCGUGUUCUCCUCGAAUUAGGCACCGCAGACGUUCUCAACCUCAGGCAGUAUGCCAAAUACUCUGGCCUGAUCUCAUCAAUAAUGAUCUGCUACCAUCAACAAAACCAUUGGGGAUACGUCGAAUACAAUUAUCCUAUUGCGCGUUCCUUCCCGGAUCCGGAGAGACGGUUCGACAUCUUAGACCAUGGUUCCAAGGUUCAGUGGAAAGAAUCUGAACAGUUAAACCUUCUGUCCUUACCUGACGAGUUCCUGUCGGCCAUCAACGCGUACGCACGCACAUCCGAUACGGAUGUCACAUUCGACCUGGACACCAAAAAAGCCCGGGGUUACCACGUCGGCCUCAGCGGAGUCAAUACAAGGCUACGGGACGACAUCGACCUUAUGAAUACGCGAGUGUACGGCGAGAUCAUGAUUCGUAUGUCUACCCAGGAAGACACGACCGACUUCAACGGCUUUAAGGCCUUACAAGAGAUGUUGGACAUUGACAACUUUUCGAAUCUGAUCGUUCCGUACUUCCGCAGGGAGGGGCAGUGUCCUAUCAACAUGGUUCUGAUGUUCAAGCUCUCUACACCAAAGCCUGCCGCGGAUCUUCGUAUCAACAUCACUAAACUUUUACAUACAUUCACACGCGCCUAUGGGGACCUUACCAUCACUAUUCAAGGAUCCGAUAGCGGUAUGAGCGGCACACGGUCUAUCACGAGGCAUCACAUUCAGAGUGCAGUAUUGCUCUUGCUAUCAGAUGUAUUGGAGCAGUAUCCUUCGGAAGCCAACCGGCCUCUUCCAAACAUAUGGAUGAAUGGUCACGGUACCGUCCUACGCGCCACAUACCGCACCAAGACCACCUCCGAAGAGACCAUCACUCCCUGUUCGUAUGCCAUCGACGAUCCGAUCGACCUCCUCACCCAGGGCCACCGCAGGGUCAAUUGUCUUGAUCAAGGUGGUAUAUUGAAGCAUCUCAGGGUUGCUAGCCAACAAUCUGGACCGAGUUCCGGUAGCCUGUUCGGUAUGUGGUUCAACUUACGGUACUCUCUUGGGAUGUGCGACGACGUGUGA